UCCUUCUCCCAUUCUGUACCCGCUUUACCCACUACACGGGCCCCUCCUUCAUCCCCCCCAUCCCUAAACCUGCCUUUCCCCAUAAAAACCAUCCCAAUGAAAAAAGGGCCUCCCCUACUCCCCAGAAAAGCGCACUUUCUCGCUUCUCUUGCUGCAGAAAGAUCUGGGCCUCCUGCACUUACUGCUUUCAGCCUCGUCAGGGGCAGAGGCUAGGGACGGGGACAGGGCCGGAGCCUGGGCCAGGGCAGGGGCUGGGGCUGGAGCCGAGGCCGGAGUCGGAGCCGAGUCCGGGGCCGGGGCCGAAUCCGGGGCCGGAGCUGGGACCCGAGCCGAGUCCGGAGCUGGGGUCGGGACCUGGACCUGGGCCACCUCCACCUCCUCCUUCUCCUGGGGUAGCAGCUCCUCCUCCGCCAUAUUCUCCAUAGUUACCGCCUCCGUGCCAGGCCCGCCCUGGGACCAGGAGGGGCUCACGGCGGGGUCAGAGAACUGGCGUGAAAGCCCAGAGGGCUGGUUCCAAGGAGUGGGAAAGCAAAUGGGGAGGGCUGGAUGCGUGCAACAGACAAAAGAUGAAGAACCAGUGACCAAAUCCUGUCACCAGAAAAAUAAAAAGCCAGAAGCAGCGAUUCGCGGGCCCAACCGCUUCCCUUUCCCUGAGGCGUUACGACGCCACCACAGCCUGCGCAGAAACGUAUGGGGGACGGCAUCCAAUCAGCUUUUCAAAAUGUCCAACAAAGAAUCUUGUGGAAAAAAAGAGAAGUCUGGGAGAAAAGGCAGCACCGCAUCACGCAACUUUGACGUAGAAGAUAAGAAAGAGAAAAAAACUUCAAGUUCUCCUAGUUCAGCUUGCUGUGUAAGGUCAUUUUCAUCAGAGAAGAGAAAACUGAAAUCAAAUCAUACAGACAUUCUGUACUGUGAUAUAAAAAGAAGACAAGAACUGAAAAGAUUGAAUGUAGAAACUGAAACUCCAGGAAGGAGACCAAAAAUCAGUUCUUUAUCACAAGGGCCUGUUAAAUUCCAAGAAACAUCAUAUUCAGAUGCUAAUCACAUUUUCUCACAGAGCCCUUCUUCACAUGGGACUAAAAAAGAUUUAACUAAAUGUGUUGAUUUUAAAGAUAGUAAAUUGACAAAUGUUAAGAGUAAGGCUGACCAUGGAAUUAAAAACUUUAGCUGUCCUAAGAUUGCCAAAGAUGUAAAACCAAAAACAGAAGGCCAGACAAGUGAAAAACAAUGGCCUCAUUUACUCACUCAGGGGAAGACGUUGAAAGAACUCAAGAAAGAAGGGUACAAGAUAUUUAGAGGCCAUUCUGAAAAAUGUGUUUUGGGGAAACGCAAGAGAACCCAUUUUUCUCAGGAUUGUAAUUCCAACAAGAUAACCAAGGAAUCCCUUGAAUCUAGAAGAAGGAAGAUCAGUUGCAAAAUCCCAAUAAAAUCCCAGGGUACUCUCCAGAAGCUCGUAGAAGAAAGCGUUUUCAAUUUAGAAUCUAACAAGUCAAAGACUAAGCAGGAGAAGAAAGAAAGCCUUGAAGUUUCCCAAGCUUCAUUAAAUUUGAGUAGGCACAAAAGUGAAUGUUUAUUUUCAGAAUCCACAUAUAAGCAGGCUUUUCAUGUGUGGAAAGGAAAUUAUCCUCAUGAGCAUCGAGAAAGUAAUGAUACAGGUUCCAGUGAAAACCCAAUCCAGAGUUUUGAAGCUCCAUGUUCUUCAGUGUCACUUGAAAGUAUUCAAGAUACAGAUCAAGAGAUGCAGAUAGUGGAAGAGCUCCAUGCUGCACGUGCGGGGCAAAGUGCCGACGUAGCUGGGGUUUUAUCUCCUGGGGAGUUCACGAGCAUGGAGAUCGACUUGGUGGACGAUGAUGUACAUUCCUCUCCUGCAAAAAGUGCUUCAGAUAAAAAGCUUCUAAUUGUUAUUGACACAAAUAUUCUGAUGAAUCAUCUCAACUUCGUUAGAACUUUGAAGACAACAGAAAUCCCAGAAUUUGAUGGACUUGUGUUAAUAAUUCCCUGGGUGGUUGUACAAGAGCUAGAUCGUAUGAAGGCAGGAAAACUACUAAAACAUGCCCAGCACAAAGCUGUACCUGCAGUUCAUUUCAUCAAUGACAGUCUCAAAAGUCAAGAUAAAAAGCUAUGGGGUCAAUCAAUACAACUCGCGUCUCAAAAACUAUAUGGACUGAGUGAUGAGAACAAUGAUGAUCGAGUAUUAAAAUGCUGUCUUCAGUACCAGGAGUUAUUCCCAUCUUCGCUUGUUAUUCUGUGCACGGAUGAUAGAAAUUUAAGAAACAAAGGCCUCAUAAGUGGUGUGAAGUCACUCAGUAAAGAAGAAUUGAGGGCAGACUUAUUAAACUUAUCUCCGAACACAGAUGUAUGUCAUCAACCUUGUAUAUCUAAACAGCAAUUGAAAGCAGAAGCAACCCCAUUAGAAGAGAGCUACGAGAGAGAAUCUGCACAUUCUAGACUACCCAGUCAACUUGAAAGCAUCAUAUCUGAUCUUGAAAAAUCUCUUGGGACAGCUUUAUCUUCAAUAUUAGAAACAGAAAUGAAAAUUGCAUUUGGAAACCUCUGGAUGGAGAUGCUGUACUUGAAACCACCAUGGACUCUAAUUCAUUUAUUAAAGUGCUUUCGAAAACAUUGGUUGGCUGUAUUUGGAUUAGUUAUAGAGAAGAAUGUGCUUUUCACCAUUGAAAGCCUAUAUGAAAAUCUCUGUAAAGCUAACAGCGUAGUGGAUUUUACAACAGUGAUGUUUCUGCUUCAGGAUUCUAAAAAUUUGUUACAUGCUUUCAGUACAAGGUCAAAUUAUGAUGGUAUUCUUCCACAGGCCUUUGCUCAAGUCAACAAACUACUACAGACAUUUGCAGAGGUCAAGGCAAAACAUAAGCAAAAUCCUUCAGAAACUACAGUGGGUGAAAAGCAAGAAGAUACUUCUUUGAUGAAAUCUAAUAACCAAGAAGUCACCAUUUUCUCAGGUUCUCCUCUUCCCCAGCCCAACAGGCAUCAGCAAAUCUGGUCUGUUCUAGAGAAUGUUUGGACUACAUUAUAUCAGAACAGCAUGGAUGUAUUUCAGAGAUUGGGCUCAAAUGCAACUUUGACUUCUUCAAAAAUAGCAUCAUUUGAAGAAGCAUUUGUAUAUCUUCAAAAGUUAAUGGCAGCUGUGAAGGAUAUUCUUGAAGGAAUUCAGAGGAUUUUGGCCCCAAACAGUAAUUAUCAAGAUGUUGAGACCCUCUAUAACUUCCUAGUCAAGUAUGAGGUAAAUAAAAACGUCCAGUUCACUGCCCAGGAGCUUUAUGAUUGCGUCUCACAGACCGAGUAUCGGGAAAAGUUAACCAUUGGAUGCCGCCAACUGGUCGAGAUGGAAAAUUCCAUGCAGCAGUGCAAUGCAUCUGUCUAUAUGGAAGCCAAAAACAGAGGAGGAUGGUGUGAGGACAUGCUCGACCUUAGGACCUAAAUCCUGAUUUAUAACUUGAAAGGAAUUGCAUUUGUCUUAAGGAACAGUAGAGUGGCUUUCAGCCUUUUGAGUCAAACCCAAGAAUCUUAUAAAAAAAUGUCUCAUAGGUGCAAGAAAGUGAUUACUUAUUGUUGAUAAUCUCAUUGAGGUUUUAAAAAGCCUAAUGCAUCCAUUGUGGGAUAAACUAUGUACUCAACUCACUGCAGUUGACAAUACCUCCCUACCUCUUUACUCCUGACGCUGAGCCAAUCUGUCUAAGGAAGGCAGAGCUAUCUUUUUAAUCUCUUAGGGCUGGAGCCACUUUGGCAUCUGUGGAAGGCCUGGGGCCACAACAUUAGCAUCUCUCUCAACCCUAAACAUGAGCACAUGACCAGAAACACUUCCAAACCCCAAGAAAGCAUUCGGACGGGGCCAUGCUCACCAUGCUCCACAAAUGAGAUCUUCCCCUCGGCUGUUUUAUGAUCACACUGUCUUCCAUGUAGACCUGGUGAACGAACACACAUCCCUUCCACUUCCCCUAAGGUAAUGAAAGUACAAUUUUGACUUCAGCUCCUACUUACUGUAUCAUUUCUUAUCUUCUUCCCUGGCUUGUCACUUUUCAGGGCCUUUCUAAUAGAAAAAGCAGGGGAGACCCCUAUAAUAGAGUUUUCCCUCAAAUGUGAAGAGGCAUGAAUUUGUGGGGUUAGGUGGCAGUGACUAAUGUUUGCCCCCAGCUAAACCAAGUGUUCAGUCGACUUUUUAUCUAGUUAUAUAAUACAUCGGAAAUCCUUGUUUAGUAGAGUAUACUAUGCUUUUGUUAAUACAUCAGAUUAAAUCUGAUUUGGUAUUCUAUGCUAAAUGUUAAUUUAUUUUUUUACCAAAAAGCAAUAAAUUUUAUUUUAGUAAGGUUUUGAUUUUCA